AUGUAUUCUUGCAUUUGGUGCAUUCAACGUGAGAAUGGGAGCUUUGGAAUAUUUUACACAUUUAAGGAUGAUCUACGAUUUUUAUAUUCUCCAGAACAUUCACGAUCGCGGCUUGAGUAUCAGAUACAUAAAAAUUUCUCUGGAGCAACAAUGAACAGCUCAUUCGUUUCCGUCACCUUGGAGUCAAUGGACCAAGACAAAAAUUUGCUCACUCCUGAAAAAUGCCUGAUGAUUCGAAAGCUGAACAAAUAUAUCAUGGAAAACCUGACUCUAAAUAUAGCAGGCGAACAGACCUGUAUCAUUUGUUCUAUUCUGUAG